AUGCUCAAGCUGCUGGAUGCGAAGAUACCGUCAAUCAAGUCCUACCCUCCGCGGUGCACCGCCGUACACCAGCCCAUGGAUUUGGGGAUCAUCGCCAAGAAGAAGACAAAGGUCAACUACAGGAAGGAGCUGCUCGAUGUGAAGACGUCAACCAUGUUGGUGGCUGACACACUUCGCGCCCAGGCCAAAGCCCGCAAGAUGAAGGCCGGGACAAUGGGGCUGGCGCAAGGGCACCAACCCCACGUGCGAGACGCCGCCGAACUUCUCCAGAAAGCAUGGGCCAGUGUCACCACCGAGGACAUCGCCAGGUGCUUUGUCAAAGCCAAGACGCUUCCGGAGGCUGAGCUCACCAAGCAACACGGAAAGACCCGGUUCGGCGUCGCCGACCCUGACUUGGCGGCUCUCACCGAGACUGUCAACACGUUGAGCACGAGCGUGCACGACGCGCAGCAGCACGGAUUCCGCAUCGUAGACGACGAGAUCAGCGAACUGUUUGCAGAACUCGACAUCGAACCCGGAGAGCCGAUCGCGGAGGAAGCGGUGUCGGCGAUUCAGGGGUGGGCUACCAUCGAGGACGACGGUGAGGUGGUAGAGGCUCUUCGACUGGACGCAGUGGACGAAAUGACGGCACUGCUGGCUGGAACGCACGUGUCUACCGGCGGCGAGGAGAAGGACGAAGGGGAGGAGGACGAAGAGGAGGAGGGCGGUGGCGAUGAGAACACGGGGCGCAAGCGCCGUGCUCCACCGGCUUAUGAUGAGCUGUCAUCUCACUUCGGCGCCCUGGAAGCGGCAGCAGAGGAGAGUGGCAACGGAGACGCGUCGUUCUACUGA